AUGGCUGAUCAUGUUGAUUACAAUGAAAAACCUCCAUUGCCAUUUCAAACACCAAUGCAACAUCAAAUGGGACGCAUUUACACUCGGGAAAUUCUGGAAAUGUUUGAGAGGGAAGACUUCAGAAGUCUUUUAUGCUUGUUUGAACUUGUAGACGAAGAUGAGACGCACUGCAGAUACAAAGUGAGUGAGCGGGUAAAUCCGGGGGUGACACGGAUGAAUGAGCUUGUGCGUGAUAAAGAUGCCGAUAAAGCUUAUUGCAGCUGCAAAGGUUUUGAAUUUUGGGGUUUUCCGUGCCGACACAUCCUAGCAUUCUUAAGAAUGAAGCAGGUUGAGCACUUGCCAGACAAUUACAUAUUGAAACGAUGGCUUCAAAGUGCGAAAAGCAGUGUAAUAUAUGAUAAGAAUCACAAAGAAGUUAACGAUUGCGUUGAUGGUUUGCUUUUGGUUAAGAGAUCGAAAGUUUGCAAAGUUGCAAGUGAGUUGAUUGAUUCAGCUUUGUUGUGUGAUGAAGGUUUUGAGUUGCAGGAAAAAUCUUCUGAGGAAGUUCAUGGGAAGCUUACAACAUUGGUGUCAUCAAGAGUUCAUGUCGAAGAACCCAAUGGAGAUGUCGGAACUAGUUAUCCCCAACUCAGAAUCAAAGAUCCACAUUGA